AAAAGCUGUAGGGGCAGUGCUACAACAACGGGUUAAUAACACGAUUACGCCAAUCGCCUUUUUCUCUAAACGGUUAUCACCUGCCCAAGAGCGGUACAGUACAUUUGGGCGAGAACUUUUAGCUAUGUACUUAGCUGUCAAACACUUCAAUUUUCUACUACAGGGUCGUGACUUUACUAUUAUGACGGACCAUAAACCCCUGUGUUACUCAUUUAAUAUGUCAUAUGAUAGACACUCUCCACGUGAAGCGAGACAACUCGAUUAUAUCUCGCAAUUCACCACAGACAUCCAGUUUAUCAAAGGCCAUACCAACGUUGUCGCAGACGCAUUGUCUAGAAAGGAUAUCAAUAUGACGGUACUUAAUCAGGACAUCAAACUUGAAACCUUAGCCAAAUUACAAGCAGACGAUGCAGAAUUGAAGGUCUGUAGAGAAAAGUCUAGCUUGAACCUAAAAUCGGUACCUAUUCCUUUCUCAGACGCAUCCAUAAUUUGUGACACUUCAACAGGCAAUAAUCGCCCUUUUGUCCCUCAGGCUUGUCGACUAAAGCUAUUCCAACACUUGCAUGGUUUAUCACAUCCGGGCAUCCGAGCUACUACAAAGCUGAUGACUGAACGUUCUGUUUGGCCGAAAAUCAGUUCAGAUAUUAAACGUUGGACACGUGGUUGCCUUCAGUGUCAACGUAGUAAGAUCCAAAAGCAUACUAUUAGUCCAAUCGGCAAAUUUCCUAUUCCGGAUAGACGUUUUCAGCACAUCCAUUUAGAAUUAGUAGGACCUCUACCUUCGUCAAAUUCUUUUACUCACAUCCUCACGGCAAUAGACAGAUUCACUCGAUGGGCCAUUGCAUGCCCCAUCAAAGACACAUCAGCUGAGACUGUAGCAUCCGUUUUUCUAGACCGAUGGAUAUCGCACUAUGGUGUACCGACAACCAUCACAACUGAUCGUGGUCCCCAGUUCCAGUCUAUCCUGUUUCAGGAGUUCACAAGACUUCUGGGCGUAAAACACAUCAGAACCACAGUUUACCACCCGGCAGCAAACGGCAUGGUUGAAAGAUUUCACCGGCAAUUAAAAAGCUCACUCAUGGCUCAAACUGAUUCAACAAAUUGGAGUGAUGCCUUGCCGCUUGUUCUCCUUGGGAUUCGUGCCACGGUGAAGGAAGACAUAGGUUGUACACCCGCCGAGUUAGUCUAUGGUACAACUCUAACGUUACCGGGCCAACUAGUCAACUGUGAACCUACAACGCAAGAAGAUGCUACUCAUUUCGCAAGUUGCCUAUUACAAGUGAUGCAGAACAUUAGAGCAAUACCACCGCGAGAAUACAACAAUCCAGUCCAUCUCGACAAACAUUUAGAAACGUGCAAAUUUGUUUUUGUUCGAGUAGACGCGGUGAAAAAGCCACUGACACCACCAUAUGAAGGUCCGUAUAAAGUAAUAAAACGCACUUGCAAAUAUUUCAUUAUCAACAAAAACGGAAACAAUGAAACCAUUUCCAUAGACCGAAUUAAACCAGCUUUCUACGAACCCCCUCAAGCCACUGAUGACAAUACGGCGAACAAACAAUCACUCCCAUCAUUUGCUAAGAAACAAGAGGAAGAGGAAAAACUCAGCACUACACCCUCUUGUUUAACACGAUCUGGGAGACUUAUUAAAAAACCCAAACGUUAUGUACAUUUCAUGGACUAACACAAUCAAUCAGUUGUAUGCAUUACUUUGUGAAGUUACGCAAUCUUCUAAUAAAAGAUAUUUAUUUUCCCUACAUGUACAUUUAAUAACUACAUUUAUUUGUUUUCACUGGUUUUGCCAAUUUUUUUUAAUAAGAAAAAAUUGUCAUAGUAAUAAACGAGUGAAUGCUAAUUAACUAUUUAUUAAAUUCAUCCAUUUUUUUUAUUUUUUAUUUUAUGACUCUGUUAACAGUUUUGCACAUUUUAUUAUUAUUAUUAGCAAACC